AACAAAUGUGUCUUUUUAAAGGAAAUGUCGAACCAGAACCACAUAAUUUGAAGAGGAUAAAAAAAAAUUACGUAUGUAGUACUGUAUUCAGAGUAUUCAAGUUUGUUUACAUCACUGACGGACGCAAGCCAGAAAAAUUAUUGGAACAUGUAUCAAGAUGACUCCUGGCACCUUGUGAACUCCUGGACGGUAGUGAUAUUCUGUACAACUGACAACUGAAAAUUAUACAACUAUGCAUUAAUAUGGAAGGUCAGACAAUUAGUGCGAACAUCUGAUAGGUACUGUACACCCAAGAGAAAUAGACGGAUCACCAGACUAGUCGAGAACAACUUACAGAACGUAACAAAGUUGUCAGCCAGAAUUUCUCCCAGCUCCUCGAUAUUCCAUUCACCCUGCUGAACUUUGAUUCCGUGCCAUAUAUGACGCAAUAACAGAGGAGUGUCACAUCAGUGUUAAUGCUUCCAGGUAAUCCUUCCUACAGCUGACUCUUGUAUCAAAUGUACAAUACAUAAAGCAUCCGCAUUCAUUACUGAGUGUUCUUCAUAUCACACCAGAAAAUUUUAUACCUGUACUCAAUGGUAAUUUGAAUUAAUUAAUAGUUGUAUUCAUUUUUGAAGUUACAGAUACUGUAGUUUUGUGAAGAGUGCACGUUUUGUUGUGUAAUGGCAUAAUUAUGAAAGAAUACAGUGAAAUCUACAUUUGACUUACUUAAGAUUCAGGGUAAGAUGCAACAUUUUAUCAGUGAAAACAGGAUUUGGUUGUUUAGCUUGAUGCAUUUUAUUUACUUAUUACAAUACAGUAAUUAUGGGCUUAGAAAUGUAAAUAAAUAUAAUUCAUAUAAAAUUACUUGAGACAGCAUUUCAAAUUUUUUAAAUUCUGUAAUGACUUUGGCCAUUAUGCCAAAAUUACAUCUGAAAAUUCGUAAUGGAGAAAAGCCUCCAUUUUCAUGCAAAGUUUGUGGUAAACGCUUUGAUUUUAAAGGGAAUUUAUCAAAACAUAUUUUAGUUCACACAGGGGAAAAACCAUUUCAGUGUUCAAUAUGUCAGAAAUCAUUUACUCAGAAAUCAACUUUGGUACAACAUAUGACAGUUCACACAGGAGAGAAACGAUUUCAGUGUGAAAUAUGUAACAAAUCUUUCAGCCAGAAAAAGACUUUGCAACAACAUAUGACUGUUCACACUGGAGAGAAACCAUUUCAGUGUUCACAAUGCCAUAAAUCUUUUAGCCAGAAAGGGACACUAAUAAAACAUAUGACCAUACACACAGGAGAGAGGCCAUUUCAUUGUUCAGAGUGUAGUAAAUCCUUUGUCAUGGAAAGGCUUCUCGUAGAACACCGGAGAGUUCAUACAGGAGAAAAACCAUUUCAUUGUUCAGAAUGCCAUAAAGCUUUCACUCAGAAAAAGCUUCUCAUGCAACACUUGAUAAUUCACAGCAAAGAAAAACCAUUUCAGUGUCCCAUAUGCCACAAAGCCUAUAGGCAGAAAGCCAGUCUGCUAGAACAUAACAGAGUUCAUACUAGGAAGAAAAUUCAAUGUUCAGAAUGCCAGAAAUUUUUUAGCCAAAGAAAAUCUCUUGUAAAUCACAUGAGACUUCACUCUGGAGAAAAACCAUUCCAGUGUUCUGAAUGCAGUAAAGCUUUUUACCGAAAAGGAAGCUUAGAAAGGCAUACACAAUUUCAUGUAAAUGAGAAAAGGAAAGUUCACUUAGGGGAAAAAUGUUUUCAGUGUGAAAAAUGUAAUAAAGCCUUUAAAUUAAGAGGAAGCCUACGUAGACAUACAAAGCAUCAUUUACAAGAUGGUUCAUUUCACUGUGCUAAAUGUCGUAUCAGUUUUUCUAAAAAAUGUGACCUUGUUUUCCACCUGAAAAAUCAUACAGGAGAGAAAUUGUUGAAAGGUUCUACCUGCCAUAAAGAACUCAAAAAAUACAGAAAGUAUGUUGGAGAGAAACCAACAUUCAAGACAAUACUCAUACCAAACCAAAACCUGUCGUGUCUUAACGAGAAUGAAAUAGGAGGAUCCUCGCAUGCACUUGAUCUAAACAUUCAAAAUGGUUUGACAGAAAAUGCCCCUAAUCACAACAAAGAUUGCAGUCUCCUGGGUGAUGUAAAUCAUACAAGCCAGCAAAUAGAAAAUAUCCUUAUAAAAGCUGAAUCAAAAGUGGAGAUGAUUGAUUGUUCUACAGAGGUAGCAAAAAAGCAAACUGGUAAUGAUACUAACUCUUCCAAUAGUCAGCCUGAAGAUCCACUCAAAAUUAAUAUAAUUUCCCGGUGUACCAUAAAGGAAGAGAACCAAGAGGGGUAUUGUGUGUUUGUUAAGGAAGAAAAGUCUGACAAUUGGUGAAGAUUAUCUGUGUACAGUACUGUAUUGUGAAAUGUUUCAUGAACCCUUGUGUGUGAUAUAGCUAGAGCACAUGAAUAAAUUUUUAAUGAUA